CACCGGAGACAAAAGGCCAAUGGCGCGCCUCUCCGGGCUCCCCGCCCUGGCCCGCAUCCGCCUCCCGGCCGCCGCCUCCUAGCCCGUCACGUGGGAAGAGAGCCCCGCGGCUCCUCGCAGCAACCGGGGAAGGAGCAGAGCCGCGUGGGGUCGGAGAGCAGCGCCUGCGAUCGCCUCCUGCUCGUCGACCUUGUUCUCCUCGCUUCUCUUCCCUCUCCACGAGGCCGCCAUGAAGAAGCUGCUGGUGGCCGCGCUGCUGCCCGUCUGCUUUGCUGCUGCCCUGGCGGUGACAACUACAGGACUGAACGUGACGACCUCAGCUCCCCAUUCAAGUUCAAUAACAAGUGUUCUUAAAUCAAACAGUACCACCCCUGCCCACAAUGCGACAAAUGCAACGACCCCGACUGUUCCUGCCACCACAGUCGGCACCAGCAUAAUCACCAGUGCCCACCCUGAAAAUAAAACGAGUGCAAAGCCCACCACAAUGAAACCUGUGUCUCCUAACGUGACCACAGCGACUUCCAAGGCUACGUUGCCUUCUGCUUCUGUAACAGUCACUCCCAAAGGUGCAGCGGCUCAAGUCUCAUCCUCAGGGUUCAGCGCAGGCAGCUUCAUUGGUGGCAUCGUCUUGACGCUGGGACUUCUUGCGGUUGGCUACGUCGGAUGCAGGACGUACCACGCAAAACGGGGCGUCCAGUACCGGACCAUUGACGAACACGAUGCCAUAAUUUAAAGCCUUUGCUCAGAAGACAAAGAUGAAACCCCACGCUUGUUCCUGCUUUUAGAAGCAAUCUCUUCCCCCUACGGAAAACAAGCCUUAAUGGAAAACUGUCCAGAGCCUACACUGGGUGCUUAAUUGCUUUUUUUGGGGGGGUGUACCUUUCUGUAAAAUUAUGGGGGACCCAGAUUCCGCAAGGAUGCUGGAAAUUUCAAAGUGCCUUCACUGAAGAGUUCGGGGGACCGUCUACACAAUUGGUCCCUACUUGGUGACUGAAGACAGGAGCUUAGUUAAAACUUGUGACUUCUUAGCCAUUACACGCUGAAAAUCAGGAGAUGUGGGCUCCAUAACAGAACACAAUGCUGUGAACAUGCUUAUGUCUACCACUCUUAAAGUCAUAGUCCUUUUGUUCAGCAAAUAAACCAAGCUUCUGUUUUUCAAGAUGGCAGGUGAAUCCAAAAGCAGCCUUUUUCACAUUGCUCUUCUUCGAUUUGUGGAAUGAGGUGGUUUGGUUUGGGCAGGGAGAAAAAUAUUUUUGUUAAUGAUCUGACGUUGCAUGUGCCUUGGAAUUUUUGAGGAAAAUAUUUUCCUACUUUUAGCAUAUAUAAGGGUGCGUGAAAGGGCUUUUGCAUUCGGGCAGGAGAAUUGUUUGCUUUCUUUCGUUUACCGUGCGUGUGUUUUUUAAUAAUGAUGCAUCGCCUGUGUGCUAGUCCCCGCUGGGUUUGAGGUAUAUAAUUCCAGUUAAUUUUCAGCGCAACCUUGCACCACAAAAGCAAAGACGUCUUUGGGAAGGUACAUCAAAAUAAUUGCUCCGCUGGUUCCGUGUGUGGUGAAAUCUUAUCAGGUUCAGUACAGUGUGUCAUAUGAAUUGGCUGUGGGACAGUGGGAGUACAUGUUGCUAGCCUGCAUGAUAUAUACAGUUCCUUGACUAGUUCAUUGCUUGAAUUCAGGUUUGUGUCUGUUAAAUGUCGUUGAGAAGAAAGGCACAUUUGUAAGAAAGCUUCCACUGGGGAUUAUUUAAAGUUGAAUACAUUCUGGGGAUGUUUUUUAAAGGACGAAUCACUGUUUUGAGAGAGGCUUUGCGUGGCGUACACAAUAUAUAUUUCUUCUUCUGCUCUUGCCUCUGUUCUUUUUUUAAAAAAUUUCAUAGUGUAACAUUUACCAGAUGCAGAAGAGGGGAGUGCAGGCUUGUCCAUGAGCCGUAAUUCCUCUUUCAAGGAACUAGCUUUGCAUUGUCACGCUAAGCCACAGUUUGUUUUAAACCGUGGCUUCAUCGCAGACCCCAGCAGCUACCACAAAUAAGCCAUAGUAUGGCUUGUGUUGCACAAACAAGGACUGUGCUUCAUAGGAAGCUGCUUCAGACCUGUGGUGAAUUAAGCUCAGCGUUGUCCACAAUGACCGGCUCUCCAGAGUUUUGACGGGGGACAUUCCCAGCUCUUCCUGCAGAUGCCAGUCAUUGGACCUGGGACCUUCUAGUUUUGCGCAGGGACAGUAUCGUAGCCAAUGAGGUUAAUGCAAGGCACGAUUAUUGCUAAUUGAACCUGGGACUUUCUGUGUGCAAAGCAAGAUGCUGUGCAACUGAGCUGUGGCCCAUCCCUAAAACCACAAGCCGUGAAACGGAAGGGGGGAAAGCCAAUAUUUGUUCUGGGUUUAUUUCUAGCUUUUCACUCACGUUGUGUUUGGAACAAUCAGACCACGAUCUGGGUUUGCAUGGCACGUUGUGGCUUAGUUGUGCCACAUGAUACACCCUCAGGAACAAGCAGAAGUUGUUUGGGAAGCACAUUGCCGAUUAAGCCGUUAUUUGUAACAAACUAUGGCUCAGCAAGGCGUGCAAACCAAAGUAAAUUCAACUCUCUAAAAAGAGCUGUUCUCUUUCUCCAGCCUUGCUUGCUGCUGAGAAAAAUUAUGCACUGUUCACAGAGAGAAGGGAAGCUUAAACUCCUUUCAUUUGUUGUUGUUGGGGGGGGGGGACAUCUCCUCCUCCUAGUUAGGACACAAAACUUCCUCCCAAGCUCCUGAAUGUAGCCAGCAGACUUUCUCUUGCCCUCAUGACUUCGACAUCAGAUGCACAUAAGUCUUUUUCUACUUCCUUCCCUUUUUGCAUGGAUGUAACUACAGAUUGCAGUGGAGUCGAUACCUAAGUUGUUUUGAAAUCUCUUUUUUAAACGAACAAACACAAAGAGUAAUUAGCCAAUGCACUUGUUUGCUUGCUUGCUUGCUGUUAAUGUACCCACUGUUUUGCAUAUCGAAAGUUCCCUGAAGUUGGGGGGGGGCAUUGAUGCAUCCGUUUCAUCUCAGAAAAGAACAUUCUAGCUUUUCACCACAUCUUCAGUGGAAGAUUAUUGAAACUACUGCAAUGUUCCAAGAUAUGAGAAGCAAAAGAAAGCAUCACGGGGCUGGUCAAUAGCUAAAGGCUGUCAAGCAAUGCUAUACUGUACUUACCAUGGGCGAGUCUGUGAAUUUUUUAAACAAACACUUCCCAAGGGAAGCAGCGGGCUCUAUAUAUAGAAGCAUUGUGUAAUGGUGAUUGUUGUGAAUGCAUCCCGUCUCCAUGUACCCAUAGGAUGUUCCUAACAACCGCUGCUAAGGGAUGGAUAUUCAAGAUUGACAAAUAUCCUUCCAGUAAGCAUAUCUCAAUAUUACAGGUGGGAGUGUGUGGUGCUUUAGUAAUGGUUGGUGAAGUAUCAUGUCAGCACUCAAAACUCUUUGAGUUACUUAGAAAACCCUUUGCUCUAUUUAGCAGUUCAACAGACAUGGCUUCUUCCUGAAGAAUCUUGGCAACUAGGAAGUACAUCUCCCAUUCCCAAUCCCCAUAUUGCAAUUCCUAGAUUUUAGAAGUGGUGUGAAGCUGGUAUUCGUUUGUUAAAUAGUUCAGGCUUUUUUGUAAUCCUCUUCCCCCCUUCCCCUCAAAAAAGGUUUAAUACAGGCACCCCCAAACUUUGGCCCUCCAGAUGUUUUGGACUACAAUACCCAUCUUCCCUGACUACUGGUCCUGUUAGCUAGGGAUCAUGGGAGUUGUAGGCCAAAACAUCUGGAGGGCCGCAGUUUGGGGGUGCCUGAUUUAAUAUUUAAUAUGCAAGAGUGCUUACUGUUAAAAUGAUGGGACUCUGUCCAUUGAACAAGAAGAUUGGGGAUUGGGUUUCCAUCUAUUUUUAAAAAAAGAUGAAACAAUUCGAUAGAUGAAGCUCCAACCCCUUGUUUUUUUUUCCUGAUGUGACAUGGAUGCAAAUUGUUCUGAGUAAUUGUAAUGAACAUUCUUUUUUCUACCAAACAGUUGCCAGCUUUCUUCCAGAGGUUUUCAACAUUUUUUAGUCCACGGCUCCCUUGACCAACUACAUUCUUUCUGCAUCUCCCCUGGGGAGAAAUACUCUCCAAGCCUUAGAAGCCGUUAUGUCCCCCCUUGCCUGCAGAGCUGGCAGCCACUCACCCUUUUUCAAAUACCCUCCCUUGUGGAUUGUUCCUUCAGCCUCCUCUCCCCUCUCCUUGGGAGUCCUGUGAGCAGCCGCAGCUGCCGCCCCUGGUCUCUGAGCUGCUGCCCCCCACCCACCCCAAAGAGAGGUGCCUCCUCACACUGCCCCACAGGGGCCUGGGAAGCACACACACCAAGGCACAAUUUGCCUGGGGAGCUUGUAGCAAGGGCAGCUGCAACAAACAGCUGUGCAAGCACUUGGGAGGCAGAGACGCAACAUUGGGGGGGAAGGAAAGGGAGACAUACAGUUUGAAAACCACUGCUUUAGUCAAUUAAACUUAAGAGCCUUUAUUCAACAUUUUGCAACAGCUGGUAAGAAAUAUUCAGUUUCUGUAUUUGACGAAGUUGGUUGUCGUCACCUACCUGCAAUAUAUGUUUGAUUUAUCUCUUUUUUUCUGAUGAUUCCCUUCGCUCACAUAAAUAAAGGUUAAUGAAAACUUU